AUGCCAGAAGCCUGGUCAUUUUUUGCCUACUGCAAGCCAGAAGACUUUUUGACUUGCCUUGUUGAGAUCAUGGACACGACUGCAGAACUCGAAUACCAGCUGGCCGGUAAAUGGGUGUAUCCAAGGUUUCAGCCAUGGAAGCUUAUCACGGUAGGCCAGGUUCUCCAUGGCCUUUACCGGAAACGCAUUCUGGUUGAGCCCCAGUCUCCAGACAAGAUCAAGUAUUUGGAACAUGUUCUGUAUAUCCUCGCAUCUACUGAGCUCCUCAACACCUUCUUCAAAAGCGAAAGAAUGGAUGUCCAAAAGCUCCAAUCCAAGCUCACCUACGAGAUAUGGUCGCAGAGUCCUGUGUUGGAGACCGAACUUGAUGACACGGACGACGUCGAUCAAGUCCGAUUUCUGCUAUCACUACCUCUAUCUGAGCUAGCAGCGCUAGCUUUACGCCCAGAGAACAGUCUGUUGCCCUAUAAUCCUUUCCGGCGAGGAAAUGCAGAGGUUUUCAAUCCAAGGCAUCUUAGCCUGAAUCUUCUAGUUGGCGUUGGAGGGUUGAAAGUGGAGUGGACCGAGUACCUACACGAGCACUUGACUCUCAACUCAUCAACGUUGACUGUUUACAUUUUCUGGUUUGCGUCACACGUCCGCCAGAACUCCAUGUUCCAGUAA